CAUCUACCAAUUACCAUAUAAUCACGCGUAACUGCGACCAACUGCGACCUACGUGUCAGGGGCAAGAUAUACUAUGGCAAGUAUCAGUUUUUUAACACGUAUCUUAUGGCGAGUUCGUCAUCUAGUUUAUACAUAGAAGUCUGUGCUUUUCACAAUUUUCUAUCAGGUAGCAAAAAUUCAAAUAAUUAUUUGCUAAUUUCGCUAAUUAUGAAUCAAUUUGGUCGAUUACAGUGAAGCUUUGAAGCUUUCAACGCUGCGGUAUUAUCGCGUUCGAUGCAUUCAACUUUUAAGCUUAUUCAUCAGCAGCAGAAGUACUUACAUAUUGAUAGACUGACUUUGUGCCGGUGCCGGUAAUGAACUAACCUUCAAACCUUGUAAAUGUUGGUAAAUUAUUUAUGAUGACUAGAUUCUAUCUCCGAGUAAUUGUGUAUUAUUAGAUUGAUAGUACGGUAACGCGGUGAUUGUUUUUCAAUAGUUUCGUCAUUAGAUUGCUGCCUAUUUUAUUGAGUAGUCGUCGUUGUUUGUCGUAUCCCAAUUUUUUUUGCCUCAGUUGGUAUAUACUCAACAUCAGUGAAAUUUAGUGUGAAUCAGAGCUACAACAAUGAAAAACCAUUCGUCGAGAAAUCGAGAUAGUAUUUAGUGCCUUGAGAAAAUUCAAAUAGGAAUCAUUUACGUUGGGUUGUUCAUAUCCAUCUGACUGCCAAAUCUUCGAGGAAGCAAAGCGAAGCAAAAAGCUCAACGAUUUUGUCAACCAGUAGUCACUAUAUUCUUGUUGUAUUGCGCAGCUAUAACUCGUAACAGUUUUCAAUUCUGAGGCUGAACUGGUGUUACCACGUUCAAGUGUAAAGAUGUUUUCCAUUUGCAAAGGUCACACACAUCUGUCGAAGCAGUUAUAUUAUUUCCACGGAGGCACCACCAUGAAGAUACUUCCCAAUUUUCGAGAUCGUAACUACUUCUCGGGAAAAUCAUAUCACAUGCGAGAAAACGGAACAGCUGUGCUUUGUAGCUCUCAAGAUCACGUUGAUUUUCCAAACUUAGUUCAUUAUACAGUUCGUAAUUCUAAUGUGAAACAGGCAUUCCUUAGAUCGUCAAAUAACGCUAAUUUUUCCAAACAGUUACGUUACGUGCAUACAAAAAGUAACAAAGAUGGAAUUGCCAACUUCAAAAGACACUCUGAUUUCUCUAAGCAGUUAAAUUCGAUGGCUAAAAACGAAAACUCCAGCGAGGGAAUUGGUAAUUUGGUGGAAGAAUGGCUGUUACGUUUCGAUUCUCUGGGCAGAAUCGAGGCUAGUGGAAUUUCCGGCACUUUUAAUGCUUUAUUAAAGUUCAAUAUUUUUAGUACCGAAUGGAGUACUAAAAAUCGAGAAAAUUUCAAAAAGUUGAUCAUUAAAUUGGCCGAGAAAGGAGAUCAAUUAUUAGAUCCAAAUAGCAGAGCUCGUUCUGAAUUUAGCUCUUGGCAGGUUGCUAAUACUUUGAAGGCGUUAUCCUACAUAUUAAGUCGCAAUGUAUGGCAUGGUUAUGUUCGAACUAGUAAUCGGAAAAUAGCCGAGGUUGAUUUAUUCAAAUCUGUAAUUAACGGUUUGAUACGUCGAGGAACUUGGAUACUGGAGAAUGAAACAGCUGAUCAAUUUGAUUCUCAAGGUAUUGGUCAUUGUCUAAUUGCUCUAUCUAAAUUGAGUAUUGAUGAAUUCGAAGGAUCUAAGAAAUUCAUCGGUUGUUUAAUAAAACGAGGCAUCAAAGUGAUAGAUCAGUUCAAUUCUGUCGCCGUUUCGAACAGCUUGAGUGCCCUAUCCGUGUGGAAUAUAAGCGAUUUCGAAGGCGCCGGAGAAUUCAUUCUACUUCUGUUCGAACGAGGAAAUUCAACCGAUGAAAGAUUCACUGCUCUGAAUAUCGCCAGAACCUUGAACGCUAUGUCCAAAUGGGACGUCGAAGAAUUGCGAGGAGCUAAGGAGUUCGUAAUUUACCUAAUGAGACAAGGCACUUCGGUGGCCAAUAAAUUCGAUUCUACGCAGAUCGCGCUAAGUUUGAACGCUCUGUCCAAGUGGGACAUCGACGAGAUGCGAGAAGCUAGAGGUUUUAUCGUUUCGUUAAUCAAAAAUGGAAACUCUACUAUCGAUACGUUUACUUGCCAAAAUAUCGCCAAUAGUUUGAACGCGUUUUGCAAAUGGAACAUCGACGAAUUCCACGGUUCUAAAGAUUUCAUUGUCCGGUUAAUAAAACGGGGAAGCUCGACAGUCGGUGGUUUCAAUGCUCAAGAGAUUGCCAAUACUUUGAACGCGCUGUCCAAAUGGAAUGUUUACGAGUUAGACGGAAGUAAACAUUUCAUCGUUGAAUUGAUCAGAUGUGGAAUUCUAACCGCUGAUUCGUUCGACUCGUUGAAUGUUUCGAGCUCGUUGAAUGCGCUUUCCAAAUGGCACAUCGACGAACUAAACAGAUCCAGGGAAUUUAUCGCUCGAUUAAUAAAACGAGGUCGUUUUCUAAUCAAUAGAUUUCAUUCGCAGAGUAUUGCCAACAGCUUGAACGCUCUCAGUAAAUGGAACAUAGACGAAUUCGAAGGAGCCCAAGAGUUCAUCGUCGACCUACUGAAGCAAGGAAAUUUCUUAGUUGAUACGUUCAAUGCUCAAGAAACGGCGAAUAUCUUGAAUGCUCUAUCCAAGUGGAGAAUAGACGAGCUUCAAGUAGCUAGAGAAUUCAUCGUUCGUUUAUUUAAACGUGCGAGUUCAAUGAUCACCAGAUUCGAUUGCCAGAUGGUUAGUAAUUGCUUAAAUGCUCUUUCUAAGUGGCAGCCCGAUGAAUUAGAAGGAGCUAAGGAAUUUAUCGCCGAACUGAUCAAACGAGGGAAUUCAAUUUCUGGCGAAUUCCAUUCUCAAGGCGUCGUUAAUAGCUUGAAUGCCCUAUCUAAAUGGAGUAUUUUUGGAUUGCAAGCAGGUCCAAAUUUUUUAAUCAAUUUAGUAACUCGCGGAAGCGUUAUUGUUGAUGAAUUUAGUCCUCAAGAAAUUUCCAGCGGGCUGAGCUCUUUAUGUAAAUUGAACAUUUUUGAUAGUAAGAAAUGGAACGAUAAUCAGUUGAAAAACUUGAAACAUUUCAUUAUCAAACUUGCCGAAAAAGGCACCGAAAUAUGCGGCGAGUUUAAUUCUAGAAGCAUCGCCGAAAUAUUCGAUGCUUUUUCAAUACUGGAAAUUCUGAGUACAGAAAAAUGGACGCCAGAUGAACAGAACCGGUUGAAGAAUUUCCUGGUCAGUCUUUUUAGUCUAGAUGCCUCGUGUAAAAAUUACACUCUCGUCGAGAUUUCAAUGAUAUAUAGAACGAUAUCUGAUUGGAAUAUUCUUCAAACUAAUGAAUUUGAUUCGAAACAGGUUGAUAAGUUCAGAGAUUUUGUCAGUAAUCUGGAAAAUCGACUGCUCACCCUUGGACAUGAACAGGAUUCGGAAACACCUGACGUUAAUAUAAAGUUUGUCGUUCAAAUUAUCAAUGUUUUGCCCGAGCUGAAUUCUAAAAAUCUUAUUCUGUGUGAAAAUCGGUUACUGGUUUGGUUGAUGUGCUGCUUAAGUAGUAAUGUGGAGAAAUGCGAAUCUUCUUGUUUGAAGGAAUAUUUGAUUCAAAGAAGUAUUUUGACCGGAUUGCGUGAUCUUUUAAAAAUUGUCGGUGAAUUGGAAGAUACUCGUAGACACAGUUUGUUAGGAGCAUUUGAUGAGAGUUUGUCUAAAAUAUACAAUAAAGUGGUUGGAAUUGAUUUGAAUCAUAGUGAUGAAAUAGUAAAUGUAAUUAAUGAAUUUAAUAAAUUACAAGUAAUUCGAGAUAUGCAGUUUUUGUCUUAAGUAAAUGAUCAUUUUUUUAAGAUGUGAUAGUUUAGGUUUGAAAAUUUCUUUGGUAUAAAACAUGUUAUUUUUUCUAUUUUAGAGGAAUUAUUGCUACUUUAAAUUGACGUAUCAAACAUAACUGAAAUGUACAAAAGUGAAGGAUUUUUUUCUGCUCGUUGUUCAAAUUAUUUUUAAUUAGUGUUCGUUUAGUUGUGUAUUUUUGUUCCGGUUGUUUUCAAUAAAUUGAUCGAUUGAAA